CACCACCAGUCUGGCUACACUUCGCGCUUGCCCCCUUCCUCAUCCACGCCUCUCGCCAAACCGGCCGUUGUUUCCAGCAUGCCGAAAGUCACCCUGCUGGCACGGCUCUCGGAUGGCCUUCCGCUAACGGCCUCCAUGGCCGACGAGAACGACGCCUAUGCUCGCGAGCUCGAAACGUACGAGCGUCAAGCGAAGAAGUUAAUACGCUCUCUCGCCUCGUCUGGCGCGGAAAAAGCCGGUGUGGGCGAUGAGUACGUGACAGUAGAAUCGGGGCCUCAUUUUUGCUUUCACUACGUUCUCUCAUGCGGCGUGUGCAUCCUGACGCUGACGGAGCGGGCGUACCCCAAGCGGCUGGCGUUUGAUUACCUGGACGAGCUGCGCAAGGAAUUUUUUCAAAUCUAUGGCAAUCAGGUUGCGGGCGCCAGCCGCCCGUAUGAGUUCAUUCGGUUCGAUACAUUUAUCCAGAAGACAAAAAAGGUGUAUAACGACUCCAAGACGCAGCGUAAUCUACAAAAGCUUAAUUCGGAACUCAAGGACGUGCACUCGAUCAUGACGAGAAAUAUAAAUGAGGUGAUUUCUAGAGGCGAGCGUUUGGACAACGUGGCGCAGAAGUCUACGCGGCUGGCGCAGGAAUCGAAGCGGUACGCGGCACAAGCGAAGCACGCCAAUCGCAUGCGCGUGGUGCGGCAGUAUGCGCCUGUGGGAGUGGUGGUCGUGGUGGUUUGUAUAAUGUGGUUUGUGAUGAAAAAGUUGUGGUGAAGGGGCGAUAAGUUUAUGUAAAGUUGUUAGGGCGGGUGGUGUAAGGAACCCAGUAUCGUGCAAAGUACAGUACUGUAGUUGUACUGUAUGCCGACGCAUUGUUGGGCACAAUCUCACGCUUCAUUUCCACCACGUGAUCCAACCGAACUGAGCGGUUCAGAGCCGCUCUCCACCGUAAACCCUUUUUCAUUG